CGGGAGCGUUCCGUACGUCAGGGAGGAAACGAGGCGGAGAGAUUGUGAGCUACUGACGCUCAGUGGCUCGGAGCAGCGCAGACGGGAAAGUGGAGGAACAAGGCGGAAAAAAAAACUUUAUUUCGUACUUUCAUCGAACCGAAUUAUUUCCUUAAAAAAGGAGUACCUACGCCAGAAACACAAGCUCCACAGAGAGAGAGAGAGAUCGACAGAGCCAUGCGGAGCCCCCCAUCCCUCCGGCGGUGAACAUCAGAAUGCAGCGAGAGAUGGCCGACAAAGAUGGCCGGUGUGAGCUGCCCAUCGCCCCGGGCCAGGUGUACAUCGAGGUGGAGUACGAUUACGAGUACAAGGCCAAGGACAAGAUGGUGACCAUCAAGCAGGGCGAGUGCUACAUGCUGGUGAGGAAGACCAACGAGGACUGGUGGCAGGUGAGGAAGGACGAGAACACCAAGCCCUUCUACGUGCCCGCCCAGUACGUUCGGGAGGUGCGGAAAGCCCUCAUGCCGCCCCCGAAGCCCCUGAACCUGGGUGGGCCGACCAAGGCCAAGCCCACGGUGCUGGACAUUCGGAGGUCGGAUGAGAACCUGAACAAGCAGGCGGAGAUGUCCAGCUUCGGGCGGCGGUCGCCGGGGCACCUGACCCCGCCCACCCUGCGCAGGGACGCCAAUCAGAACCCCGGCAGUCCCGCGGGGGGCAGCGGCAAGAGCCUGGCGGAGCACUUCCAGAACAACAACGCCAACUCCACGCUGCCGCGGGUGAGGGCCGACUCCCCGCCCCCGCACGCGCCCGACCAUGCCCGGUCGCCCCUGCUCAGGUGCAAGCCCCACCUGGAGCUGGACGUGGAGCGGGCGCCCCCGCUGUGCGACUCGGCGGGGGAGGGCUCGGAGAAGCUCCGCAACGACUCGGAGUCCGGGGACGACCUGAGCAGCAGCUCCACCGAGCACAUGCAGACCGCUUCCCCCACCACUCAGGGCAGGCCUGAGUCGCCGGUCUACACCAACCUCCAGGAGCUGAAGAUCUCCCAGUCCAGCCAGCCGCCCAACCCGUCCAGCUCCCCCUUGCACACGCUGGGGGACUGGGAGACCCACCGGGACGGCAGCGGGCGCCACUUCUACUACAACCGCGCCACGCAGGAGCGCACCUGGAAGCCGCCCCGUGCCCGGGAUGCCAGCGGCGGAGGCGGCGGCAGCCGUAGCGAGCCCCACGGCUCGGGGGAAAUCGAGCCUCUGUCGUCGGAAGAGAACUGCCACAGCACAUACUCCAGCCAAUCAGACAGCCAGUACGGGUCCCCCCUCAGGGGAUGGUCUGAGGAGCUGGAUGAGCACGGACACACCCUCUAUGUCUGUGAAUAUACUAACGAGAAGUGGAUGAAACAUGUGGAUGAACAAGGACGGCCAUACUACUACAGUGCAGAUGGGACCAGGUCUGAGUGGGAGCUGCCCAAAUACAACCUCUCCCCACCUCAGCCCGGGGAUCCGCCCAAAAGUCGCAGCCUGGACAGGAAGCUGCCGGAGCCGAUAGUGCUGACCAAGUGGAGGCACAGCGCCUAUGUGUUGGACCUCUGUGACAAGGACAGUGCAACAGGCCCCAAGCCAGGCUCCCCAGACUCUGACUCCUCUCCCUCCUCUCCCAAGCCCCCCACAAGCCCCUCAGAGAAGUGCGGAGUCCUCAAUGUCACCAAGAUCACGGAGAAUGGGAAGAAAGUGCGGAAGAACUGGGCCUCCUCAUGGACAGUGCUGCAGGGCUCCUCUCUGCUCUUUGCUAAGGGCCAGGGGGGCGGGACAAGCUGGAAAUUUGGAGGCAAUCAGUCUAAACCAGAGUUCACCGUGGAUCUCAGAGGAGGUUCGGUGGAAUGGGCCUCCAAGGACAAGUCCAGCAAGAAGCAUGUCAUCGAGCUGAAAACCCGUCAGGGCACGGAGCUGCUGAUUCAGUCCGAGAUCGACAGCGUCAUCAAUGACUGGUUCAGAGCCCUGUCUGAAACCAUCAGCACCCACGCCUGGGAGUCGGACGAGGCCAUCGAAGAAGACAUGCCUGAGUCCCCAGGGGCCGAGAAACAGGACAAGGAGAAGGAGCACCGCGACUCCAAGAAGGGCCGAGCGAUGAAGAACUCCACCAGCAUGGACUCUUCAGAGCAGAAGAAGACCAGAGUGAAGCUGAAGAAGUUCCUCACCCGGAGGCCUACUCUGCAGGCUGUCCGAGACAAGGGCUACAUCAAAGAUCAGGUAUUUGGGUGCAGUCUGAACAGCCUGUGUCAGAGGGAAAACUCCACAGUGCCAGACUUCGUCAGGAUGUGCAUCGACCACGUUGAAAACAACGGUCUGAGUGUUGAUGGAUUGUACCGAGUGAGUGGGAACCUGGCUGUGAUACAGAAACUGCGCUUUGCUGUGAAUCACGACGAGAAGCUUAACCUGGCAGACAGCAAGUGGGAGGACAUCCACGUCACCACGGGGGCGCUGAAGAUGUUCUUCAGAGAGCUUCCCGAGCCCCUCUUCACCUACGGCUCCUUCCAGGACUUCGUCAACGCCAUCAAAUGUCCGGACUACAAGCAGCGUGUGCAUUUAAUAAAAGACUUAAUCAAGCAGUUGCCAAAACCGAACCAUGACACGAUGCAGGUCCUUUUCAAGCACCUCAGAAAGGUGAUAGACCACGGAGAGGUGAACCGCAUGACCACCCAGAGUGUGGCCAUCGUGUUUGGACCAACCCUGCUACGGCCUGAGACGGAGACGGGCAACAUCGCGGUCCACAUGGUCUACCAGAACCAGAUCGUCGAGCUGAUCCUGCUGGAGUACGAGAACAUCUUUGGCAGGUAGAGCCGGCGUCGGACCCGUGGGAAACAGCCUUCUGCCAAACUUUAACCCGAGCGAUCCCAGCUCCCUUGCGCUGCGGACCGAGCGAAUUUAAAGAGCGAAAAUCUAUGACUGUAAUAAUAAUGAUAAUAAUAAUUAAAUAUUAAGUAAAGAGUUUAAAAAGGAACUGAAACAGAAGACUUUGUUGACUUUGCACUUAACGUUUUUGGAGCUACGCAUGUACAGUUUCCGUUUUGUUUUCGGCUGCCGUUGGGGACGGCGUGUGGCGUCUGGACAAGCCGCGCGGAGACGUCGAAUUGAACUCCCCCUACGAUCGCGACAAGUUUUAACAUUCAGGUCGACUUCCUGUACACUGGAUUCCCGUGGCCAGUAUGGGCGACUCCGCGGCACAUAUCGCUGGUCUGACUGAGAGAAACAGAGAGGAUCAUGGGAGAGGUGUGAAUCUGGGCUCGGCCUUAAAAAAAAAAAAAAAAAAAGAAAACUCUCCUGCGACCCAAACAGAUGUUCUGAAAGAAGGCGCCGUGUGCACACCAAGAGGAGACGCAUAUCCUACGUGCUGUAGGGUAAACUGGUGGUUGUAUUAUGACAUUUGAUUCUGGAAUAAGCUGAACUGGAUACUUUCACAGUGUUGUGAAACCAUGACUACUGAGCUCCCGGAGGGAGGCCUGGGUGGCAGACGUC